CCAUAUUAGUCUCCUUUCUACAGGAUGAAGCUUACCUUGUAUCGUCUCCCUAAUCAGGCCCCUUAGCCUACCUGACAUUACCCGACUCGACCCAGUUCUUACACUUUGGCCACCGUGGUUAACCUAUAGAAUAAUUAAUACAUAGGACGCUGCGAGCUGGGAAGGAUGGCGGUGGCAGCGACGGCGGCGAGGCCGGCGAUGCUCCCCUCUGGGGUUUUAGCAGGAGUGGACAGGACUGGUGUUGAAAGCCGUGACCCUACAAAACGUUACACGAAGUACGAGCUGAUUGGUCAAGGGGCGCAGAAGAAGGUUUACCGCGCGUUCGAUGAGGAAAGGGGCAUUGAGGUUGCAUGGAAUGAAGUGGCGGUAGGCGAGCUCGCUAACUUCAGGGAGAAGGACCAGCAACGUGUUUUUGCGGAGAUCCGGGUGCUGAAGCAGCUCAAGCAUAAGAACAUCAUGACCCUGCAUGACUACUGGUUUGACGAGCGACGACUGACGCUGAACUUCAUAACGGAGAUAUUUCCUGACGGCACCCUACGGCAGUACCGCCGGCGUCACAAGCUGGCUGACCUCCCCGCGAUCAAGCGGUGGGCGUGGCAGAUCCUGCAGGGCCUGGUGUACCUGCAUGGCCACAACCCGCCCAUCAUCCACCGUGACCUGAAGUGUGAUAACAUAUUUGUGAACGGGACGUCCGGCAUGGUCAAGAUUGGCGAUCUGGGUCUAGUAACGUUGUGCAAGGACUUCUCGGCGCCUCAGAGCGUGUUGGGAACGCCCGAGUUUAUGGCACCGGAAUUGUACGAAGAAAAGUACGACGAGAAGGUUGAUGUGUACGCAUUUGGCAUGUGCUUGCUGGAGCUAGCCACGAUGGAGUACCCCUACUCGGAGUGUCAUAACGCGGCGCAGAUCUACAAGAAGGUCAUGCAGGGCAUCCCGCCAGCUUCCGUUGAAAAGCUGCCCUCCGGCGAGCUCCGCGACUUCAUCCGGCUGUGUCUCGAACACAACCCAGAGCUACGGCCGGAGGCUCGGCAGCUGCUGAAACAUAGCUUCUUUGAGCCCAUUCGCGCGUCUGCAUGUGCUGCGGUGGCCGCAGCCCAUGCAGCAUCUUCUUGCAGCGGCUGUUCGACUCCCAAGGUGACGAUGAGCCCGUCCGUGUCAAUGGGCCCAGCGGAGGCGUCGCUAGCGGCGGCAGCGGCGGCGGCAGCGGCAGCGGGAUCGCUCAGUCGUGUAGGGAGUUUCCUCGCCGGCAGCGUCGACAAUGGUGGACUUGCAUGUGCCUGUCGAGACGGCAGCAACAGCUGCAGCAGUAGCAGC